AUGGUGGUGCGCGGUGGCGCAUCAUUGCAGCCUCCGGAGCUUACAGUGGCCGACGCCCUCGCCUGCACGCAGGUCUGGGACCCUGUCCUGAUUACGGCGCAGAUUGUCAGCGUGCAGUGCCUCUUCUACAUCGUGCUGGGGGCGCUCCAGUUUGUCAUCAUAG